UCGACGACGAUGGCUGAGUCCUUAUCCCCUAGGCGGAUGGUGAUCGGGGAAUCAUAGCCGGUGGAAGAGAGGCCGACUUUGCGGACACAGACAUCCGUGAUGAAGUUGCCGGUGGCACCAAUGUCGAGAAGGGCUCGGAACUUCACCGUCGAUGCUCCAAAGGAGACGGUGACGAACUUGAGCUGGAAUUGGGCGGUCCUGACACGAGCGGAGGAGAUCAUGGCGUUGAGGCGGCGCUGCUCGAGGCCUAAUCUAACAAGUCGACUGUGUCGGUCUUGUUCCUCAACGAGAUUCGAGAAAGUGAUGGUGGAGGGGUUGGGGAGGAGGGUAGUGGAACAUAUGGCCGUGGGGUGCUCAACCGACGGAAUAGAGGACGUCGUCGGGAGGAGGGCAGGCGGAGUAGACUGCGACCCCGGGGGGGUGUCCAGUGUGAAAGUCGUCGCCGGCAGACAAAUUGUUGAUGCCAGGACAUGGCUACAAGGGGCGGGGGGACAGUGUUCAAGUGGAGGAGGGCCCAGAGGCCGCAGUGGAGGAGGAGGAAGUGGAUCUGGGAGGGCUGGAUCCGGUGGGGCGGGAAGCUUGGUGGGUGGAGCUGCCGGCCUUGGGGCAAUUGGUUCGCUGAUGCCCCAGCUGGCGGCAACAGAAGCAACUGCCGUUGGCCUGGAGGAAGGCGCGUUCGGCAGGGCGGAGGUGAGGAAGGCGAUCAUGGUGGAGAUGGCGGGUAAGGAGAUCGGUGAGAGGGAGCUCGGGCUCAUGGGCGAGGGCUGCGGUGAGGUGGGGGAAGCAUACCCGCUUGAUGUGGGAGAUGAAGAUGUAGUCGGGAAUGAGAGUCGACGGGAUGUGGAGGCGGAGGGAGCGAACGUAAUGGAUGAAUCGCUUGCUGGGGCCGGUUUGGCGGAGGUUGCAAAAUUGAUCGAUGUAGUCGUCGAUGGUCUUUUGCGGAUGGAAGGUGGCGAUGAGAAGGUUGACCCAUUGAAGGAAGGUGAUGCGGGGAAGGCCGUUGGCUCGGCGCUUGUUGGCUUCGGCAUUUUGAAUUUGAGAGAGGAAAAGGAGGACGUCCUCGUGGGGGAGGCUGGAGAACGUCGCGAUAUCGGUGGCGCGGAAGGAGCGGGGAAUGUCCCUGUUGCGGGGGAUGAUGCAAGCAAGGUUGUUGAAGUUGCGGUCGUCGGGAGAGGUGUCGUAGCAGAGGGGAUGGUGGAAGUAGUUAGGAGAGGUUGGGUGAGGGGGGAGGAGAGGCAAAGGGGAGUGGUUCGUGUAGUAGUGGAAGCGCUUGUAGUAGGUUGUGAGGAGGCGAGGGAAACGGGAAGGGAAGUGACGGGGGUGGAAGAAGGUGUGGUGGAGGACGGUGAGGGGGUGGUGUUGGAGGAUGAGGCCUGGCCGGCUUGGCCGGCGGAGAGGCUUUGGCCAGAUUGGCUGGAGGAGGGGGGUUGGCUAUUUUGGUCGGAAGAAGAUGGUUGGCCGGUUUGGCCGGCGGUGGUGGAUUGGAUGGAGUGGCCGGAGGAGGAGGGGGUUGAUGACGUCGUGACGACGGUGAUGGCAGAGGGAGAAGAUGGAGUGCAGGGGACAACGGAGGUGACAGCAGCGGCAGAGGUGGCAGCAGCGGCGGCAGCAGCGGCGGCGGCAGCAGCGGCGGUGGUCCCCAGAGGACUUGGCUCGACUCCGCUUACGGGUAUACCCCCUUCCUCGAGACCUGAAGGGCGGGCUACUGGAAGAGACUGGCCAGAGGAGGAUAGUGGAAGCCCAGGCAGCGUGGGAGAUUGGUCAAAGGAGCAAUUGUACAGGAAGGAUCGAGAGAUGAUUAGGGAUAGGGAUAGACGCGGAGGCGAUCGCGACAGUCUAGAACGGAGUGGUGCCGCUCUCGAUCGUUAUGAUAGGGAGCUGUGGGGUGAGGAGCUGCUGCAGAGGAAGGGAACACCGGGUAAGGGGAAAGAUAGGAUGUCGUUGAGGGAACCGGAGUGGAUGUCAAGAGAGGAAUGGAUAGAAGAAAUGGAGCGUCCGGUACUGAAGGAUGGACGGCGAGCUGAAGUGGAGGGACAUAUGCGGUAUUGGGACAGAGAUCGAGACGAAGAGGGUUAUGACAGGGACCCUGACUCUAGGGUGGAGUACGACGAGUAUGGGAAAAGGGGCAAAGUUGAUCCGGAUAGGGCAAGAGAGGAAGCGUUGGUGGGUUAUAAGGAUGAUUAUAGGAGGAUGAAAAAAGAGGUGGAGGGGGUGAGAGGUGGGGAGCGCGUGGUUGCUUUUGGGGACGAGUACAAAAGGAGCAAAGCUGAGUUAGAUGGGGCAAGAGAGGAGCGGUUGCUGGGAUAUAGUGAUGAGUACAGUAGUAGGAGGGCGAAGAUUGAAGCAGUGGGAAUAAGGGAGGAUCGGAUGCUUGGGCGAAAGAGGAGGUUGGAAAUGGACGAGGACAUAAAUGGAAGGGAGGCGUUGAUGGAAAGAGAGAAUUACAGUGAACGGCGGAGGGCACGAUUAGUUGACGAAAGGGAUGAAAAAAUAGCUGUGGCAAUCAAGGAGGGAAGCAAGGCAGAAUGGUUGGAAGAUAUUGCAGGCGGCGGCGGCGGCGGAGGAGGAGGAGGAGGAGGAGGAGGAGAGAGGAUGAGCAGAGGUGGGAAAAUUGAAAGACUGAUAAGGGGAGCAGACAGCAGAGGUGUGGAGAAGCUUUCAGCGAUUGGCAGAGAGGACGAUUUCUCAUGGGAAGAGAGAAGAGAGCAGAUUGUGCACGAGGUGAGUGAAGAGUUGCAGUGGAAGGGAAGAAGGGGAGUAGAGGAGAGGAAAAGUCAUAAACUGGACGUUGAAGAUGACCUUCGAAGAGAGGAGAGAAAACUUUAUAGAGUGGAUGUGGAGGAUGAUGUGCGAUGGGAGGACAGAAAAAGUCAGAGACGCGAUUGGGAGGACGUUGUGAAGCAGGAGGAGAGGGACGGGCGGCUAGCUGUUCGGGAAGAGUUGGACUGGGAGGAGGGCAAAAGUCGACGGGCAGAGGAAGAAGGUCCACAGAGAGGCGCGAGGGACAAGGAGAGGGAGGCUGGCCGAUGGCACCAAAGCAGUACUGAAGCAUUAUCGGGAGAUGGGAGAACGAAGAAACAUCACGCCAGAACGCUGGAAUGGGAGGGUGAAAGAGUCAGGAAAGAACGACAGGGAGCAUAUGUGGGACAGAUGGCAGAGAGCGAAGACUUGUUUGUGAAGGGAGAGGAUUUCAGGGAAAGGAGUGCAACAAAGGACAAAAGGCACAAGGAGGAAAGAGUAACGCUUGGAUCAAGGGCAGAGGGUGAUGGAGAGUUGUUGAGCUUUGGUGCGAUCUCAACACGUGAUCCUGCUCGUAUAGCACCAGCUGUUGAUGUCAAGCAAAGGGCAUUGGACUCUUAUGGGAGAAGAGAGAAUGAGGAGGAAGAGGGGCUAAGGGCUGGAGGAAUGGAGAGGAGAAGGGACCUGAGCAAGGUCAAGCAUGCAAAGUCAAUGCUAGAAGAACCCGAGAGGAAAACCCAGAGGGAACAGGGGAAGGGAUACGAGAGGGAGCAGGCGCCUGAGAGGGAGUUUGAUAAGGAAUACGAGAGGGAGUAUGGGAAAGAGCAUGGAAGAGCCCAUGGAAGAGAGCAGGACAGGGAAUAUGGCCGAGAACAGGAAAGGCAAUAUGGACGAGAACAGGAAGGGGAGUAUGAAAGAGAACAGAAAAGGGAAUAUGGUAGAGAGCGUGAGAGGGAGCAUGAGAGGGAGCAUGAGAGGGAGCGUGAGAGGGAGCGCGAGGAGCGUGAGAGGGAGCGCGAGGAGCGUGAGAGGGAGCGCGAGAGGGAGCGUGAGAGGGAGCUUGAGAGGGAGCGUGAGAGGGAGCGUGAGAGGGAGCGUGAGAGGGAGCGUGAGAGGGAGCGUGAGAGGGAGCUUGCGAGGGAGCUUGAGAGGGAGCGUGAGAGGCUACGUGAGAGGGAGCUUGAGAGGGAGCGCGAGAGGCAACGUGCGAGGGAGCUUGAGAGGGAGCUUGAGAGAAAGCUUGAGAGAGAGCGUGAGAUGGAGCGUGAAAAGGAACAAGAUAGAGAUAAGGUGAAGAUGCGGAGCAAAAGCGGAGAAAAGGACCGUGAGAAAAAGAAGGGGACCAAAGAGAAGCAGAAAGAGAAGGUCAAACGAGCACCUAGAGAUGGUACGGAACAACGGGAGAGGGAACAUGGGGAGCAAGGUGAGAAUGAAGAGCACCACAACAGGGAGAGUGGCGUGCGAAAGAAAAAGAAGGAUAAGAAGAAACAUGAACACAGGAAGGGAAAAGAUCGUCAUGAUCGAUUGCUGUCAGUCGAUGCAGGUCCAUCGCAGGUGGAUGUGGUCCAACAGGAAGUUAGGACACAAGUGGAUGCACGGGUGGACACGAAAGGCAAUCCAGACUAUCUGCAAUCAGAGCAAGUCCAGCAUAGGGAAAAGCGGGAUGUCGAAAGAGCAACUGCGGACAUGCGUAUGGAUGCAGACACGCGCAGUGCCCGAACAGAGAAAGAGAGAGGACGCGGGGGGAUCAAAACCGACAAAGAAUAUCUACAGUCUGAACACAACCGUCAAAGUGACGAAAGGUAUGUUGAAAGCGUGCGUAUCUCCGAAGGAACUGAUUUGCACAUGGAGACACCCGACAGGCGUGGUUCCUGGACAGGGAAAGAGAAAAUGCGCGCAUCUGUUCUGGAGGAUGUGAGGUUGUCCCAAAGCAAUGGAGGUCUGGACGACACAAAGAGGGAGAAGGCUGAGAUCCCUAAGGCUUUGGUCUUAGAAGAUCACCGUUGUCUACCAGCGCAUGGAGGUGAACAAGGGGGGGAACGAAAAAAACAAGGGAGGGAAGAUUCUCUCAGAUCGGUUGCGGAGGAUGGCCGAUCGCUGCCAACCCAUGUAAUGGAACAGGGGAGCCGAAGACAAGGGGGAGAAGGUCCUGGGCGAGCUCACACAGAGGACUCAGGCUUUUAUGGAUUAGACAGAGUCAGACAUGCAGAUCGAAGGGAAAGAGGGAAAGCUGAACAAUCAACGGGUAAUGAUACGAGAGAAGCAUGGUCAGAAGCAAGCAGGCAUGGGGGAGCAAGAGGUGGGGAGAUGUCACAACCAGGAGCAAGAGGUGGGGAUAUGCCACAACCAGGCGCAAGAGAUGCCGCCGGCUCACUCGAUGAGGAUUUGCGUAAACAUGAGAACAGGAGAGAAAAACGUAGAGGUCGUGACAUAGCCGCGAGAGGUCCUGAUUUAUUGCAAAUUGAGCCGCGAAUCAGGGAGGAGUUUGGGGGUCCGAAGGAAAGGCCUGAUGAGGAUGGCGGAAGUAAGCUUCGACAUGAUAGACAAAAGGAGAAAGAUAAAAGAUCGCAUGAGGCUGUUAAAGAUGACUCCUCAAUGCCCAAGAGCAGGUCUGGCAAACAUGACGCCAGAAGUGAGGGAUGGGAAAGGCACGAUGUCACUGAGGACGCCUUCUGGCAUGCUCAUGAAGCCAGGCACGAGAGUAAGAAAGAGGAGACAAUACAGGGAGUUGAGCCCGAUGAAAAAGGACAAGCUGCAACGGGAACAUCUCGAAUACGAGGUUCUAAACGUCCACGGAAGAAGAAGGACAAGCGGAAAAGUCGUAAACAUGCUCAGGAUGGUGCAAAGCCCGUCACAGUGGCAGAAACCAAAUGUGAUGAUAAACAGGAAGUGAUGUCAGCAUCUGAGAGUCUGGAGGAUGGAGAGUUGCUGCCGUCUGAUCAGGAACAAAAUGUUAGAAGGAAGAGGAGGCUGGUUGGUGGUGAGACUGGAGAAGAGGCAAUGUUGUCGACGAACGAUGCCGCACCUGAACCUGGCGAACGUAGGAAGCAAGAUAAAAUGGAAGUGGUUGAUGAUCCAAGGGCAAAGACUGCGGAGCGGGCAGAUGAUGCAAAACAGCCAGACAGGCGGCAGGGAGGUCGCAACGAGCAAGUAGUUCCCGAAGCUGCGGCAUUGUCACACCGCGAAGCAAGCGCCAGUCAGUCUGUAGUUCAAGAAAAGGAAGGGCCCCGGCCAGAAAACACGGAAAGUAAGCCAUCCAUGAAAGGACAGGCUGGGUCGGAGGAGGGACGGAAGGAGAAGGAAGUCCGCAUAGGAAUAACCACAAUGGAAGGUACCCACCAGUUAUCCCGGACGGAAACAACGGAACUGAUCUCUAACCAGCUGGAGAAGUCUGGAGAUGCCCUGCACGGAAGCGAGGGACUGGAAACAAGGAAGCGCCAUGGCAGCGGAAGGAAGAAGGAUUGGCAUCAGGAAGAUAGUCCAAACGAUCUAAGUGCGUUGCGGAAGGAGAGGCAGGACAUGGAAAAAAGUGCAGAAGACAAGAAACCGGAUAUAGUAGGUGAUCAUGGACGAAAAGAUGAGAAAGACCACGCAGCCCCAAAGGAUGAAGGAGAAGCGUUCCAUGUGGCACAUAUGAAACCAGAUGGCAUUAGUGAGAAGAAGAGACCUCAGCGGCAUGUUGUGGGUCCAAAUGUGUCUGUAAUCAGACCAGUUGCGGAAGACAAGGAGAAGCUGCUUGGCACCGUAAUGGACCAUAGAGUCAUGACUCAAGCAGUGCAGAGAGAGGCUUUCGGUCACAGAAGCAGAGGGGAGGAGGAGGACUUGAGAGAAUAUGAUGCUGUGAAUGACAGGACUUCAGCCGAAAUAGCAGACACGAGGAGAACUAGUAAGGGGAAUGAGGGGGGACGUGAAGAUGACAAGGACGAUGGAAAUGCUCUAAGGCUCUCUCAGACAGGUAGACCUGAGAGGAGAAGAGAGAAGGAGAAAAGAAUUCAGAAAGGCCUUCAGGAGGGGGUUCAUAUUUCUCCGAUGGAUGAGAUGUCUAGUGCCACUGUUAGUAGGAUUGUGGGAGACUCGGUCAAGAGACGACGGCUUGGGUCUGGGAUCGUUAUCGUCAGAGGAGGAAGUCAAGCUGUAGUGAUGAAGGGGGAGGAUGGAGAGUUACUUGGAAACCUCCCCAGCAUGCAGGUCAACGCUGAGCUGACACAGAGUGCUGCCACCAGAUCCAUUGUUGGGAGUGAAAGCUGUGUUGAUUCAGGGCAAAGACAAGGACGGAAGAGGGGACGGGAGCAGGACCGGUACAGGGAAAGGUCAGAUGUGAGUGGCAUCAAUGAGGUAAGACGACAGAACGAUGCCACAGAGCCACUGCUGGAACAAGGGGAGAUCAGUACAUGGGAUGAUGCUGAUCGCCGAGAGGAGGCGGAGCUCGCAAUACGGAGUAGGCAUCACAAGCACCGUGGCCAAGUGAAGACGGAGCGAUGGGGAGUUAUGGAGGAGGCAGAGGAUGAGAUAGUGCUUCAGAGUAAGGCAGCGCUGUUCUCGGAAGAGGAGGAAAGGCGAACCAGGCAUGGAGAGAAAAAAGGGAAAGAGAGAAGAUGGGAGAGGAAUCUCCAUGAGGAACCUGAGAUGGGACUGAGAGGUGAGCAUGCAAAGGUGGAUUUCAAGGAGGAGCGUGGGAGAGAGAGGGAGAAAGACGGAGGAUGGAGCAGGGAAAGGAUCAGAGAAGUAGAAUGGGACAGGGGCAUGGAAAGGGAGAGGGAGAGAGAGAGGGAGAGGGAGAAGGAGAAGGAGAGGGAAAGGGAGAAGGAGAGGGAGCGGGAAAGAGAGAGAGAGAGGGAGAGGGAAAGAGAGAGAGAGAGGGAGAGGGAGAGGGAGAGAGAGAGGGAACGAGAAAAAGAGAAAGAGCGAGAGAGAGAAAAGGAGAGAGAGAGGGAGCGGGAGGAGCGAGCACGGGAAAGGGAGAGAGAAAGAGAAAGGGAGAAAGAGAGGGAAAGGAAAAGGGUCAGGGACAAGGAGAGGGAAAUGGAGGAAGUGGAAAGAGAGAGAGAGAGGCAAAGGGAGAGGCCAGCCCACAUAGGUAGGGAACGGCUGAAGGAUGAAAGUGGCAGAGAAAGACACGAAUUGGACAAAGGUCGAGGGAGGGAGAAAGAUAGGUCCAAAGGGGAGGCAGAGCAUAUCAGAGAGAGGCUCAGGGACCAAGAAAGAGAAAAGGGGCGAGGGUUGAGUAGCCUCGAAGGGGAGUGGGGGGACAAUGAUAAGAGCAGGCAUGUCUUGCCUUCAGGCUUGGAAUCCGGAAGAGUUGAAGUCGACAGUUUAAACCUCCGAAAAUCUCGGAAACAUGCUCACUUUGAAUACGUGCGCAGUGAGGCCAAAAGCAUUUCAGCGAUAGGUGAAACAUCUUCCAGACGGCACAACUGGGAGGGAACACGGUGGGAACCGGUCUCUGAAAUCGAAGGUGGUACUGUCACUGUCCCACUGUCUCUCCCUGUGGUCACCGAAGACGACCUUACGGUGGACAAAGGCAAGCGGUCAAAAGCUAGGUACGGUAAGGGAGACGAGUUACCCUCCCAUCGCUCAACAGGAGCGGAUGCCGGGAGCAGCAGGCCGGUGAUAUUGAGCUCUGUCGUGCAAGUUCGGGGUUCUGAUGAGAUUUCGGAUCAUGAAGGCGAUGCGGAUGUUGGAGCGAAGGGGCACAGAACCGGUGGGCCAGAACACAGAGGCAAUUCCGUUCGGCAAAACCCGAACAAGCAUAGUAUUUUCGGUGCCCCGGGUGUCAUUGUGCCAGGGGGUGGAGGCCUUGUAGUUGGAGGUGAGCUUAAGUCGUCGUUUCCAGGAAUAGGCGCUUUGAAGGAGAAGAAACUGGCAGGAGGGCAGAAAAAAACUGCACGGAAACGCCGCUGGGGUCCGGCCUGAUUGAGCAGGUACGUCUGGUAUGAGGCUGACAGCAGUCGAAACACAUUGAGGACUUUCCGGAAUGCAUGUGGCGGUAAUCACAUCUCUCUGGCCAGAAUCACUCCUACUGUGAGCGCAACUUAGGAGGGCAGAAAAUGCCGCCUGCACACAAACGCUGCUGGGGUUCGGCCUGAGUGAGCAGCAUCCACAUCUGGUAUCAGACUGAGUGCAAGCAAACACUCUCUGGAAUCCAUGCUCUGCCGUAAUCGCGACAUUCUGGAACGUGUCCGCGGCCACAACCACUCCUAUUUUGAGCACAAAACUUUGGGUCAGUCCCCCGUGCCGAGCCUUACGGCUGGAGUUCUACCAGCUUGCAGUUGUCGUCUUCACGUUACACAACUGCAGCCAUAUAUGAUCUUCAUCGAGGAAGAAAAGACUACCCUUGAGGGACCCCAAUUACGUGUGUUGAAUGAGCAUUUAGCUUAGCCCCAUCAGUUGUGGUCAACUUUCAAUGCUUGGUAUGUAGCAUGUACCAUUAAGAAGACAGAAAUAGGUCGGUGUGAUUUGAAUUUUGAAAUUUGAACUGAUUUCUUUCGGUUUUUCCUGUAUUGUUCUUUUCUUUCUCUUAUGUGGAGGUCGGUGGUAGUACCGGGGGCACGUUCGCUUUGUUCCUCCUAUUGCGAGGGUGUGAGGGCGCGAAGGUGGUGAGUGGUGAGAACUCCGAGAUGGGCCUAUUGGGUGUCCCAGGCACUGUCCCCCGAUGAGCGCCAAAAGAUGUCGUGUUGAUUUGUCGAGGAUACUGGCAUCAGCCCCUUUCCAGGGUUAAGGGCCUCUCCCACUAUCCCAUGGUGGCGACUCGGAGCAAGGGGGUUCAUGGUGGAUAUCUAAUAUCUAUCCAAAAUUGUUGUGUACCUCUUAGUUUCCAGGUGUAUUCUCCCACUAUCCCAUGGUGGCGACUCGGAGCAAGGGGGUUCAUGGUGGAUAUCUAAUAUGUAUCCAAAAUUGUUGUGUACCUCUUAGUUUCCAGGUGUAUUCAUAACACUCCAGCAGUAGUGAGAAUAUAAGCGAUGGUGCCUUGAGUCGGACGCAGCUUGAUGCAGUCUCAAGGUGACUGUCAUGUGGCCAACAUCUCUUCAUCAGUUGUCCGUCCAUCUGCGAGUUUCAUAAAGGUGGCAUGAGAUCUUGUACUGUAAAUCUGCCUUGUUUCUUUUUCUUCGUUGCCUCACCCCUCCUCCUCCUCCUGCUGUGUUGCUAUUUGCUACUUCUUUUCUUCUAAUUCUAAUUCUCUGUCUUUUCCACCUCCUCGACCUUAACUCGUCCGCCUCUGGAGAGGGAGUCAAUGAGGGUGGCAAGUCUUCUGCAUUCGAGGUUUACAGUACAAGUCACAGGAAAUGGACCGUGCUUUGUGCUUAAUUCAUUAGACGAGGUGCGGAAGGAGGGAUGCGGCAUGUGAUACUCGUAAUGGGGACCCUGUUAAUUUGUGCAUAUAGUUUGGAACGUGGGCCACGGACAAAG